UAAAUAAAUAAAUAAUCUAUCUUCCUUCUCUGUAGCUUUUGUUUUUUUAAGGAUAAAAGGUAGGUGAAAGAUUUUCAUUGAACUUUACUCUGUAUUUCACUUCAUGCUACAUCUUUUCUUUGAUGAUAUGUGUCCAUCUCGGUUUAACCCAUUUUGUAGGUUUGUAAUUGCUAUGUUUUUUUCUGGGGUUGGUACAUUUACAAGCUGUUUUAACUGGUACUUAAAAUGUUGACUCUUAGUUUUCUGUGGUCCUUUGUCAAGACAUGUUCCAACAUGUUGUAGAGGUUUUCCUAGAAGUCCUGUUGGAAUCUUAAAACCUGUGACUUACUUUGGUAAAUCCCUAGUCUUGCAUCUAGAGAGUGCUCUACCUGAUAACCAUUGGGGAGAUAAUGAUUUGACUUUCAGCUAAAACAGUUUACUGGUUAACAUCAGUUGGAGGUUGGAGCGUGCCUGAAACUGUUUCUGUUUCAGCCUUCACCUGAGAGAAGCUUGGACGAUUCUUACUCUUAAUUAAAUCAGAACUAGAAAGUAGUCAGAAGAUAUGCAGAACCUCAGCAAGGUUUUACCAACAGACUGCAGUUUCUUCACUACCAAAAUGACAUCAUUUUCCACCUCUGCCCAGUGUUCAACAUCUGACAGUGCUUGCAGGAUCUCUCCUGGACAAAUCAAUCAGGUACGACCAAAACUGCCGCUUUUGAAGAUUUUGCAUGCAGCAGGUGCGCAAGGUGAAAUGUUCACUGUUAAAGAGGUCAUGCACUAUUUAGGUCAGUACAUAAUGGUGAAGCAACUUUAUGAUCAGCAGGAGCAGCAUAUGGUAUAUUGUGGUGGAGAUCUUUUGGGAGAACUACUGGGACGUCAGAGCUUCUCCGUGAAAGACCCAAGCCCUCUCUAUGAUAUGCUAAGAAAGAAUCUUGUCACUUUAGCCACUGCUACUACAGAUGCUGCUCAGACUCUCGCUCUCGCACAGGAUCACAGUAUGGAUAUUCCAAGUCAAGACCAACUGAAGCAAAGUGCAGAGGAAAGUUCCACUUCCAGAAAAAGAACUACAGAAGACGAUAUCCCCACACUGCCUACCUCAGAGCAUAAAUGCAUACAUUCUAGAGAAGAUGAGGACUUAAUUGAAAAUUUAGCCCAAGAUGAAACAUCUAGGCUGGACCUUGGAUUUGAGGAGUGGGAUGUAGCUGGCCUGCCUUGGUGGUUUUUAGGAAACUUGAGAAGCAACUAUACACCUAGAAGUAAUGGCUCAACUGAUUUACAGACAAAUCAGGAUGUGGGUACUGCCAUUGUUUCAGAUACUACAGAUGACUUGUGGUUUUUGAAUGAGUCAGUAUCAGAGCAGUUAGGUGUUGGAAUAAAAGUUGAAGCUGCUGAUACUGAACAAACAAGUGAAGAAGUAGGGAAAGUAAGUGACAAAAAGGUGAUUGAAGUGGGAAAAAAUGAUGACCUGGAGGACUCUAAGUCCUUAAGUGAUGAUACCGAUGUAGAAGUUACCUCUGAGGAUGAGUGGCAGUGUACUGAAUGCAAGAAAUUUAACUCUCCAAGCAAGAGGUACUGUUUUCGUUGUUGGGCCUUGAGGAAGGAUUGGUAUUCAGAUUGUUCAAAGUUAACCCAUUCUCUCUCCACGUCUGAUAUCACUGCCAUACCUGAAAAGGAAAAUGAAGGAAAUGAUGUCCCUGAUUGUCGAAGAACCAUUUCGGCUCCUGUCGUUAGACCUAAAGAUGUGUAUAUAAAGAAAGAAAACUCCAAACUUUUUGAUGCCUGCAACUCAGUGGAAUUCUUGGAUUUGGCUCACAGUUCUGAAAGCCAAGAGACCAUCUCAAGCAUGGGAGAACAGUUAGAUAACCUUUCUGAACAGAGAACAGAUACAGAAAACAUGGAGGAUUGCCAGAAUCUCUUGAAGCCAUGUAGCUUAUGUGAGAAAAGACCACGAGACGGGAACAUUAUUCAUGGAAGGACAGGCCAUCUUGUCACUUGUUUUCACUGUGCCAGAAGACUAAAGAAGGCUGGGGCUUCAUGCCCUAUUUGCAAGAAAGAGAUUCAGCUGGUUAUUAAGGUUUUUAUAGCAUAAUGGUAGUACGAACAUAAAAAUGCAUUUAUUCAGUUCACUUACCACAUUAUUUGAAAAUCAGUCCUUUAUUUAAUUUUAUUUCCAACCUGUCAGAGAAUGUUCUUAGGCAUCAAAAUCCAAGGUAGCUGUAAGAAAAAUACUGGAGCUAACAAUGAAGAACAGAAGUAAUCUGAUUAGUCAAAUUAUGAAGUGCCAUGGAUUACUUUAUGCAGCAGUCAGGUACAUAGUUAGGUGAACCCAAAAGAAAAACUCUUGAAAACAAGAGAUUUCUUCCAUGCACAUUUACAGUAUUGAGGUAUAAUUAACAUGAUAAAGUGUUUCCUUCUAACGAGUUGUAGAAAUCUGAGUAACCACCCAAAAAAAGCAAUAGAAUGUUUCUGUCACCCCAAAACACUCCCUUCUGCCCCUCUUCAGACAGUCCUUCAGCUAUUUCAUGGCUCUCACCUUAGUUUUUUUUUUUUUGCACUUUUUUUUUCCGGGGGUAUAGGGGAGGUGUGGGGCGACAGGGUCUGUCUUGUUCUGUCUCCCAGGCUGAAGUGCAGUGCAGUGGUAUGAUCAUGGCUCACUGCCGCCUUGGUCUCCUGGGCAUAAGUGGUCUUCCCACUUCAGCCUCCUGAGUAGCUGAGACUAUAGACUAGCAUAACCACAUUGGCUAAUUUUUUGUGGAGAUGAAGUCUCACUAUGUUGCCCAGGCUGGUCUCGAACUCCUGAGCUCAAACAAUCCUCCUGCCUCAGCCUUCCAAAUUGCUGGGAUUAUAGUCAUGAGGCACCUAGUCUGGCCCUUUUGCAAGACUUUAAUCUGAAAUCUAAAUUUUUAAAAUUUAAGUACUUACAAAGGAUAUACUAUCCAACAUAUUGCAUAUUAUAUAUGUGCUUUAAAGAUUUUUUUUUUUUUUUUGAGAGACAGGGUCUCACUUUGUCAUCCAAGCUGGAGUGCAGUGGUGCAAACACGGCCCACCUCCUGGGCUCAAGUGAUCCUCCAGCCUCAGCUUCCCUCACAGGCAUUCACUAUCACUCCCAGCUAAUUAAAAUAAUUUGUAGACGGUGUCUCAUUAUGUUGCCCAGGCUGGUCUCGAACUCCUGGGUUUAAGUGAUUUCCCCGCCUCAGCCUCCCAAAGUGUUGGGCUUACUGCCGUGAGCCACUAUGCUUGGCUCAAAGAUAUUUUUAUGAAAGCCCUGGGACUAUAGAUUUAGCUGAUUAAAUUUAUAGAAAAAGUCCUGUCAUAUAAACUGGCAAAGCCUGUUCUUAAUUUAAUUAGCCAAAUCAGAAUUCCGUCAGAACAUGUCUUGGUUUUAAUUCAGAUAAACACACAAACAUACUUCUCUGGCACAGCCUUCAGAAGCAUCAGUUUUUUUUGUUUGUUUGUUUUUGUUUUUGUUUUUUUUUUUGAGACAGGGUCUUGCUCUGUCGCCCAGGCUGGAGUGCACUGGCACAAUCACAGUUCACUGCAGCCUCGACCUCCCAGAUCUAAGCAAUCCUCCCACCUAAGCCUCCCAAGUAGCUGGGUCUAUAGGCGCGUGCCACCACCAUGCCCAGCUGAAUUUUGUAUUUUUUGUACAGACAGCAUUUUGCCAUGUUGCCCAGGCUGGUCCCAAACUUCUAGCCUCAAGCAACCCUCCUGCCUCAGCCUCUCAAAGUGCUAGGAUUGCAGUCCUGAGCUACUGCCCCCUACCCUCUUUGCGUCUUAGGAGUCAUUUAGUUUUUUUUUUGAUCCUUUUGUUCAGUGCCUCUGGAGCUGCUUACACCAAGGCAAUACGCCUUGAUAUACUGGAUGGUUGAGAGGCAGCCUCUUUUUUUUUUUUUUGUUGAGGAUAGGGAGUAUGGCUGUUGUGAAAAGGGAGGUAAAGAGAAAUGGUAGAUCUGAAGAGGCCUCAUCAGAGCACAUAUUUUAGGACAACACAUAUGGAAAUUGGACAUCUUUAAGUUGGUUUCCAUAGAGCUAUGCAUGUAUCCUUACCCCCAUGGGAAAAUGUUGGUGUGUUCUCAAGAGUAUGCAUGUGUCAUUUUGAAGACCAAGGCCCUAGAAUUGUCAAACUUAAGGAUCAUAAAAAUCAUGAGGGUUGCUUGUUAAAAAUGCCCAAACGUGCAGAGACUGAUCUUUGAGAUCUGGACCAGGAAUUUGCAUUUGAACAAGUGUUCCUGGAAUCUCUAUGCAAGUUUUAUACAGAACAUACUUUUGGAAUCCUUGCCCUAGACAGGGGUGGCCAAUCUUUUGGCUUCCCUGGUCCACAAUGGAAGAAGAAUUGUCUUGGACCAACAAAAUACACUAACACUAACAAUAGCUGAUGAGCUAAAAAAAAAAAAUCGUGGACCGGGCGUAGUGGCUCACGCCUGUAAUCCCAACACUUUGGGAGGCCGAGGCGGGCAGAUCACCUGAGGUCGGGAGUUUGAGACCAGCCUGACCAACAUGGAGAAACCCGAUCUUUACUAAAAAUACAAAAAAUUAGCUGGGCAUGGUGGUGCUUGCCUGUAGUCCCAGCUACUCGGGAGGCUGAGGCAGGAGAAUCGCUUGAACCUGAGAGGGGGAGAUUGCGGUGAGCUGAGAUUGCGCCAUUGCACCCCAGCCUGGGCAACAAUAGUGAAACUGUCUCAGAAAAAAGAAAAAAAAAUCGCAAAAAGAAAAAUCUCAUAAUGUUGUUGUUGGUUUUUUUUUUUUUUUU